GUGGUAGCACGGUGCUAGUUGACCCAUCCCUACAGCUGUAUCGAGCGCAUUGUUUACACACAGUUUACGGGCAGCUUCGCAAUGGAAAACGGCGCUCCGCCAAACUUGCUGCUCAUUUGUCGCUUUUGUCUGUGUCGGGACGAUAAUUGCUUGGUUCCUGUAAAAAUCCUCACAGAUUCUUCCAUCACCCUGGAGGAAAUAGAUCAUUUUACCGGCAUUCUGCUCGAUACAGAUGAAGAUUCCACCAUACGGGUGUGUGUUAAUUGUAUCAUCAAGCUGAAACAGUCUGCCGAGUUCCGAAAGGCAUGCAUUAGCAAGGAUGUGCUAUUCCAACAGCUGCACGUGCUCGUUGCCUCAACCGGCGAACCGGAGGUAGACACCCCAACUGACACUCCGGACAAUAUCGAUUCCGAUUCAGCGAAGCAACAGGUCAGCGACGAGCCGUACGAUGACAUCGGCAAUCUCGAUGAUGAAUCCAGCGAUUAUCUCGAAGAGGAAUUCAUUGUUGAGGUUAUCCAGCACGGAAAUGAGGAAUUGGAUAACGCAAAUGUCGUAUCGGAACUGCACGAAAAACAGCAAGAAGAGUUUAGUAUCGAUGAGCCUGUGACGGAAGAUACCGAUUUCUUCUACUCGGCCAACUACAUUGAUCCGGGCGAUCCGUCACUAUCAGACGAAAGCGAAAUUGGCGAAGAUGGUUGGUUCCACCGCGCGCAACCGACCGAUAGUCAAAUCCGUUCGCCCACUCCAGCCACACAGCGGGUAAAAGGUGUCAACAAGGAGCAAGCUUCAUCCCCCCGACCGACCGAACCACGGGCACGAACGAGACCGAAGAAAAAGCAACGAAAAUAUCUGUGCGACACGUGCGGUGUACUGAUCAACGAUCUGCCCCGACACACGCUGAACCAUUCCAAGCUUAUCAAACACGCCUGCCCCCACUGUCCGGUGGAGAUGGUGGAAUACUCGAACCUGCUGCGGCACAUCGAGGCAGUGCACGAGAAGAGGAUACGCAAAUCGUGCGAACUGUGUGGCAAAGGAUUUACGCACAAUAAUUCCCUCGUGUCGCACAUGGUCGUGCAUCAUGGCAUCGGUGACACGCACAAGUGCAAAGUGUGCCCGAAAGUGUUUCGGCACGCGAGCGGCUUGCGAGGGCAUGUGAAAAAGUGUCACAGCAAUGCGACCAAAUUUGAGUGCAGCUUAUGCGGUGCCUUUUUCUCCUCAAGGUAUGAUCUGAAGAAACACGGCCGAUCGCACUCGUCGGAGCGACCGUACGAGUGUAGCGAAUGUGGCAAACGUUUUAAAAGCCAGUAUGCGAGGCGAAUCCACGAACAAGCUCACAGUGGGCUCCUCUACGAAUGCGACGUCUGCCGUAGACCGUAUCGCUAUAAGGCUCUGAUGAGAAUGCAUAUGAAACGAACGCACCCGGAAGUGCUGGUAGAAAACGAGGAUACGGUACCUGCCAGUAGCGCGUAGCAAGCAAGUCUUCCCGACCAGUGCUGCGACUGAUACCGUUCGACAAUUGACUUAGAUUUGCAAUGAUUUAGCUCAUUCAACUGUACCUAGUAUUGUAUUAUUAGCUUGAGCAUGCAUGAGCUUGACUCGCCAUUGUCGAGGCUGAACACGGAACGAAGAAAUACUCUGACCAAGAAUGGUGGUGUUGAUUAGUAGGGAGAGCAAAUGUUUAGUGUUAGAGUAGAGGAGGUAUUUAUUAGUUUAUUCAAUGGUAUUUAUUCUCUUUUUAAUUUUCACGAAAGUAUUUAAAAAAAAAUCACUUAAAUUUGUAGCUUCAGACGAUUGGACGUAGGGACGUUAAUAAUGAUAAAAACAAGUUUUUGAUAAAUGUCCAUGAAAAGGCAUGUCCAAUCCGACUCCGAUAAUUGCGGAACCGACUCCGGAAGGUAAAUCCGCCCAGCAAUAUCUCGAGACGUCUGUAGUCGUCCGAAAUCAACUGGAGUCGUCCGGAGUCCCCAUCCAGACAGCCUUCAGUUAAUUUACUCAUUUGAGCAGUUUUCUGUCUGUCACAACAGCAAUUUGAGAGCAAUUUAGCAGUACGAAGUGUUGUCGUUUGUUAUCAUUGUAAAGUUGUAAAUAACAACAUGAAGAGUGUUGUUUUAAUGAACAUUUAGUGGAAGAUUUAUUAGUGCUAAUUGCACAUACAGUCUGUUCCCGAGUUACGCGGUUUCUGCGUUCCCAACGAAUCCGCGUAACUCGAAUAUCCGCGUAAGUCGAAUUUCACGUUUUUUUUACUAAAAUUCUAUUGAUUACUCCGAGUUUUUGAUUUAAUGUAGUACUUCUAUACACUUUAUCAUUUAUUUGUUAUGAUUCGUGCAGAAAAUUCUAAUAUUUUUGGCUUUUAAGCGGUUUCAAUUUGUUAGCAAAAAUGCAAUUUAUACCGA